UGUAGAGGAAAAUGCUCGUUUACUGCAGCAACUUUCUCCGGCGGGAAAACAGCCCAGCUCUAAGUCAAAGAUGGUCUAUUUGCGUAGUGUGUUACUGCGGUGCAGAAAAUAAUGACUUAAUGAGCGGAACAUUUCUAACUAAGACAACUAGUUUAGAUUUAUUUAUUAGUAUAUAAGAAAUUAGAUGAUCUUCUCAAUCAGAUAAUGUAAAAAAAAGGAUGAGGACGUCCAUGAUUUGUAUAGUUUUUGGUUUUGCCUCACACUGUGACUAGAUUUUUCUCGGGAAAUUUUCUUUUUUGUGUGUGGGAGCUCUUCACGUCAUCCAUCUUUGACCAGAGCGACAAAUAUUUCAUAUUCCUGUAUAUGUCGCUUUGAAUUUUCUUUCUCCCAGAAAAUAAACAGUAAUACACAUUAGUUUUAAUAUAUAAGCAAGACUUGGUUACCAAUGUUAACAAAGUAAAACCAGUUACAAAACAAAAUCAGUUAGUUUUAUUAGCUAAGUCAGUUUUGAGCGGUUGCUAGCUUCUUGUUUGCUAAUACUAAAUUAGCUUUGAGGAUACACAAAGAGCUGUGUAUAGGAUGAGCGGAGGCGUCCAGAAAUCGCUGUUUUUCCUCAGCCUUCCAGACCUGAAAAAGCUGGUCUGCGUCACCCUGACUCUGCAGGAGGAAGAAGACGAGGAACUGAGGAGCAAACAGAUGAAGACCUGCAGAGAGCUGGUGCUGCUGUACUCUGACAUCCUGGCCUGUCCCGGUCUGGACUCUUUCUCUGAUAUCACAGCAGUCAUGGCCAUCCCGUUUUUUCACAGAGGCAUAAUCCAGGCGUUCACACAGAGAAACCGUCUGCAGCUGGCCUCUCCACAGAGUGUGUUUCCAGGUGACCUGCAGCGCUGUCUCUCGUAUUCUCUGAUCACCAGAUUGUCUCCCAGCUGGAACAAAGCAGGACUCUACCUCAUUGCUGGAAAACACUUCCUAACUGAGAGAGGGAGGCUCAACGCUGUCAGCAUGGAGUUGAGUACCAGUGAAGGCCAGCUAUGCUUCAGCAUUGAAGCAAACACUGUGCGACUGCCUCCAACCUCACUGGAGGACUUUGAGCUGUCUCCGUUAGUGCUCAGGAAGUUCUGCAGCGAUCCUGAAUGUGUCCUUGACCCGUCCUCCACUGGAGGAGCCAUCUGGUGUCACGUCCUGCCCAGCAUGAAGAAAGGUCAGAUUAUCACCAUCAGCCGCCGGCUGCCCAGAGACGGACCGUUUCAGACCUACAGAGACCUGCAGAACCACUGGAACCGCCUGUACGGUUACAGACUUCCUGAGCUAGCAGAGGAGGAGGUAGUGUACUGCAGCAUCUACUUCAGACCGGUGGGAGAGAGACUCUUCACCUACCCUCUGAGCUGCAUCCGCCUGCAGCCCUUGCAGCGCUUUCCUCGGGUCGACCUGCAGGGGGCGCUGGACUCCUUCCUGUCUGACAUCAGGGACAAACUACAGAGCGUGUGCAGCUUCCCUGCACGUCUGACCAGCAGACCCUGUUACCGCACCGUCAGCCUGAACACGGCUGCAUCCGUACAGGUGCUGAUUGGUGAGCAGAUCAACCUGACCACCUCUGUCUCCUUCAGACCUGUUCUCACCCAGCUCCCUCCUCCUCCUCCUCCUCCUGCCCAACCAGUGUGGACCUCCUUCGGACUGCAGCUUCCGGCCUCUGCCCCUCCCUGCCAGCAGCACAGAGUUCAAGAUCUCCAGGAAAAUGGAUGUGGAUUUGGGAAGGAGCUGACACAAAACCAAGCACACAAAGAAGAUGGAGUCUGGUCUUCAUCAUCAUCAUCCCUUUCCUCCGUCUCCUCCUCACAUGUUUCCCUGUCUGAUUCCUCGGGCUACCGCUCUGAUCUUUCCUUCUCCCAAUCCUCCUCUUCUCUCCAACACUUCCAGCCAGCUUCAUCUCUCUCUUCUUCCUCCUCAUCUUCUUUUCUUCCUUUCUUCCAGCCAGCUUCAUCCCUUACCUCCUCCUUUUCCCCCUCAGUCAUCCCUCCCCCGAGUCAAAGCCAGGUAAACUCGACUCCCACGCUGCUUCCCAUCUUCGGGAACAAAAAUCCAUCACGCCACGUCAACGUUGCUCUUCUGAAGGCCCAGAAGCAGAAGGAGCAGCUUGGGGGUGGAGGGGAGAAGCGAGGGAGGGUGACGUUACCAACUUUUGUGAGGAAGACUCUCAUCAAUGCUUCUUCUCCUUUUCCCACCUCAUCAUCUGCCUCCCUCCCUCGUCCUCCCCCAGUUGUCCCUCGGUUUAGCCGCCGACCUAAACUCCACGGCAGUAUGGCUCAGAAGCCAUCAGCCCACCCCAAAGUCACCCACAUCUCCAGCCUCAGUCCUGCAUCAAAGCUUAAACCCGCGAUUAUCCUCACUCCAAAGCCAGAGAUCAAGCCUAGAACCAAGUCCAGCAUUAAGAGGUCCAGUUCUACAGGCAGUGCUGUCACCAACUCCAAGGAUGAAACCGAGGAGACUAAGCAACCAGCAGCACCUGCUGACAUCACCAACAAGAAUCCAUCCAGCAGUAAGAAGAAAGUUGUUUUCAAGCUAAACUCCAAGAAACCCCGAACUGCAGUGGAAGAUGUGGACGUGGAGGACGUGGCUAGAAGCAAUCAGUUGUCCAAACUGAACUCUGCGACUCUGCUGCAGUGGCUGAAACAGAGAGGAAUUCCUGUAACAGCCAAACUCAGGAAGGAGGAGCUGAUGAUGAAGGUCAUGAGCCGUCUGGCUGAGGCCUGAGAGCAGACUGACUUUGGAGCAUUAAGGAUUGCAAGUGAAAUCUUCUUCUAAGUCUAAAUCACUCAGCACCUGCCUCAUCCUCACCAAGUCGAUGAAGAUUUGCCAAAUUCUACAAAGUCUACAAAGUGCUCACUAUGAAGCUUUCUUUAAUGUUCCACCACAUUGUGGAUGUUUAGUUUAAAUUUUUGGUGUUUUGGUUAAUUUUUUGCUUUAAAUUUGACUUUUCCAUCGUUCAGCUAUGAAUGUAGAUGUUAGUAUUUAACCACGUUUGUAAGUCGAAGUUGAUGAUGCUGCUUUUGAAGAGCAAAACGUUCUUAUUUGAAUGUUCAACAGUUGCUUUGAAGGAAAUAUUCAGUAUUCUGCUGCCACUCUUUAUUUAUUCUUUCUUCCUGUUCAAGAAUUUACAG